GACAUGUCACAAAUCGGGAAUAGCUGUAGUUCAUCUGCUACUUCACAACUUCAACAAGAGGCAAUGAAGGAGAUGAUGAACCAACAGUUAGAGACCAUGCGAGCUGAGAUGGAAGCUAAACUACAAGCUGAAAGAACUGAGAUGGAAGUUAAACUACAAGCUGAAAGAACUCAAAUGCAGGCUCAAGUGCAGACUCAAAUGCAAGCUCAAAUUGCAAGUUUGAUGGAUGAGUUGCGUCGCAAUGGUAUGCUAUCCAAUCCAAGUACUCAAGCUCAACAAUCGGCUAAUUCAAAUGCUGAAAACUUAGGAGAUGAUUAUAUUAUGUUUUUUUAA